AUGCUACGCCUGACUACACUGUGCUACGUGCGCAGAGAGGGCGAGAUACUCCUGGCGAUGAAAAAGCGUGGCUUUGGUAAGGGUAAGUGGAAUGGUGGCAAAGUGGAGGGUGGAGAGAGCAUCAGGGAGGCAGCAGUGCGUGAGUGCUUGGAGGAAUCUGGCCUAGAGCUGCAGCCCAGUGACCUACAGUGGAAGGGUGUGGUUGAGUUCAUCUACCAUGGCAAUCCUGCUUGGAACAACAGGUGUCAUAUCUAUGUGACAGAGCAAUACAAGAAUGAUAUCCAGGAAACUGAAGGUACAAGCACACACAUAUAA